AUGAGCGAUGGCCGAAAGAGCCAAGUUGUAUUAUUGGAUGAAAGGAGACUGGACAUAGUCAUUCAGCCCAAGUUAUACACAAGUGAUCUUUUAGACAUGGUAUCAUCACAUUUUAGAUUAAAAGAAAAACAAUAUUUUGGCAUUGCCUUUGUUGAUGAUACUGGACACUAUAAUUGGUUAAGUUUAGAAAAACGUGUUUUAGAUCAUGACUUUCCUAAAAAGAGUGGUAUACUAGUUUUACAUUUUUCCAUAAGAUUUUAUAUAGAAACAAUAGGAUUAUUACGUGAUACACCCACAAUAGAGUUAUUUUAUCUCAAUGCCAGACAAGCAGUAUUUAAGGGUCUAAUAGAAUGUGACAGUGAAACAGUAUUUGAAUUAGCAGCACAUGUACUACAGUUUUCUCAUGGAGAUUUUGUUAGUGAAGAAGAAACAAGAAAUGAGUUAAAGAAAUUACCAGUUAUACCAACAUUUGUUUUAAAAGAACAUCCCUCUAUUGGUUAUUGGUAA